AAUGCCACCUAUACCAGAGGCUGCCCGUAUAGGGGAGCCAAUUCAGAUAAUUACCACCAAUACUGAAAGUGAUGACCAUUCCUUUGAAUUAAACUUUGAAGCCUUGGACAAGCUUCUUCUUGAUGAGAAUGUUCGAGAUAAGAAGGUGUGUGUCGUCUCAGUCGCUGGAGCUUUCAGGAAAGGGAAGUCGUUCCUCCUUGAUUUCAUGCUCAGAUAUCUAAACAACCAGGGAUCAAGUGAUUGGCUAGGACCAGGAGACCAGCCAUUAGCUGGGUUUUCAUGGAGAGGAGGUUCUGAGAGAGAGACUACAGGGAUCUGGGCUUGGAGUAAAGUAUUCUUGUGUCCUGGUCCUAAUGGUGAAGAGGUUGCAGUGAUUUUAAUGGACACACAAGGAGCAUUUGAUUCUGAAUCAACAGUCAGAGAUUGUGCUACAGUGUUUGCUCUUAGUACCAUGACCAGCUCUGUUCAGGUUUAUAACUUGAGUCAAAAUAUCCAGGAAGAUGAUCUACAUCAUUUACAAUUGUUUACUGAGUAUGGAAGACUAGCCAUGGAGGAAGAGAAUCCUCAAGCAAAACCAUUCCAGUCUCUGAUGUUCCUGGUUCGUGAUUGGAGCUACCCAUAUGAAUAUGCCUUCGGGGAAAGUGGAGGUUCCAAGUUACUUGACAAGAAAUUACAUCAAUCAGCCAAGCAUAAAGAGUUACAAGAUGUUAGACGUCAUAUUUCCAGCUGCUUCAAGAGACUUGGCUGUUUCUUAAUGCCCCAUCCUGGUUUAGCUGUGGCUACCAAUCCAAAGUUUGAUGGUAGAUUAGCAGACAUCAGUGAAGAAUUCAAGACCCAUCUGCAGGAAUUAGCCCCUCUUCUUCUAUCAAAAGACAAUCUGAUAGUCAAGGAGAUCAAUGGAACUAAGGUUACAUGUCGAGCACUUCUAGAAUACUUCAAGGCUUAUAUCAAUAUCUAUCAAGGGGAUGAAUUGCCUGAACCCAAGACUAUGUUACAGGCGACUGCUGAGGCUAAUAACUUGGCUGCAGUAGCAAGUGCAAAGGACAAAUACACAAAGGAUAUGGAACAGGUGUGCGGAGGUGACAAGCCAUACCUGAGCCCCGAUGAGCUUGAGAAGAAACACAUUCAAAUCAAGGAAGAGGCCGCUAAUCAGUUCAAAGAAGUACGCAAGAUGGGAGGGACAGAGUACAGCAAGGAGUAUGAGGAUCGUCUGUUAGCUGAAAUGGAAGAGUCUUAUGAACAGUACAUCAAACACAACGAUAGCAAGAACCUGUUCAAUGUAGCACGAACCCCUAUCACCCUUGUCACCACCAUUCUUGCUAUGUACAUCCUAUCAGGAUUAUAUGGACUUAUAGGCAUCUACUCCUUGUCAAAUCUCGCCAACAUGCUGCUAGGUUUUGCCAUCUUUCUCCUCUGUACGUGGAGUUAUGUCCGUUAUAGUGGCCAGUGGGUUGAAGUUGGAACUUGGAUUGAUACCGGAACAGAAUUUGUUUGGAUUUAUGUGUAUGGCCCCCUAUACAAAUAUGUAACAGCUAAUAAAGCGAGUACCAAACCAAGAGGAACUCAAGCCGAGAAAAAGACCAAAUAAAACUUUCAUCAAAGCCGUAUGCUCUUUCUUUAAACACUCUUCUGUUUGGAUGUUCAAAUCAGCUUUGCUCCUCAAGGAAAUGACAGCAACUUAUUACUUUACACUAUGUUGAUGCACCGCUUAAAAGCUGAAGGAAUAUUAUGACAGAUAUACAAUGAAAUGACUAGAUUGGAACAUAUUAGGUGGAUAUGAUGUAAAGUACUUGGAUCACUACUGAAUGAUUGUGGAACAUGUGGGACUACAACAUCAGAAGUGAAGGAGAUGACAGUACUUGGGUGAUACACCGAUAUGAUAAUCAAGGAUUUAACUGAAUUAAUUGCUUCUACAGGAAUAUAUGUAUGGAUGGUGCAACGUCAAUGGAUCCUUAUUAACAACAUGUCUGUGAUUACAAGACUAAUCCAUGAACAUAUGUGCUUGUGACCUUACUAUGACUUCUCAAUUUGCAAUAUCUGGGAGAUGACAAGUUUGAUACAGCAAGCAACUGAAAUGAAAAGUUAUGAGUGGAUAGUUGUCUAUUUGUUUGCUGCUGAAAAAAUACCAAAUGUCAUUUUGUGUUGUUUGUGUACUUUCUGUGCUAUUGUUUUUGUUUUUGAUCAAGUCAAUAAUUAAUUGACAAGGCAUCUCACCCUUUCAAAUGCAAUUAUUAGGAAUAGAAUAUAAAAUUAAUGAAAGGUAUAAAGACAAUUUCACAUUGACUACAACAUUUGAUUCUAGUGUGUUCUUCAUUUUUUACCAUAUUAGAUUUCGAUAAUUUCUAGUCAAGGUAACAAUGAUUCAUGUCAAUGAACGUCACUCAAUAUUGAUGAAAAUAAAGUCAUAAUUUAUUUCUUUAUUAUCAUGCAUCAGCAAUGAUAAGUGAAGGAUGCAGCUGUUGUAACUGCUCGCACAUACAUUCUGCAUAGUGAAAACUUUGCACAAAAUGCACAGGAAUGAUGUAGGACCUCGGUGUUGUAAGAAAAUUGAAUAGAAAAUUGUAAUUUUCCCUAUUUGAAUCACAUCCUCCCAACCUCUGCAAACUUGCUUUGCAUACUGAAAACUGCACCGGAGGAAUACAAAGAAAGUUAUAAACAAAUGAUUUAGAGGGAAUGAAUGAAUAACUGAUAAACAGCAGUAUUAUCUGAUCAUUGAAUGUAGUAUAAUGAAAUCUUAAGCUGCCUUUCAUCUCCAGACAGUGUACAAUUAUCCAGACCAGUGUAGUAUUGCAAUUACAAUUUUAUGUUAUAUCCAAGAUUUUCAUUGGACAAGUAUAGCCAUCAUAUAUUACCUCUUGAGCAUAGAUAUAUACUUAAUAAUAUCUGUAUGAAUUUUCAAGUAAAGAGAUUAUUUUCUCUUUCCUCUGCCCCUAUAAGAAAAUGCAUGAGUAUUCAUUCUGGAAUCAGGGAUAAAGCCAGUGGUUUGUUACAUUUCAUAAAGUUUGGAAUUUGAUACAGAAUAUGAUGAUGACAAGUCUACUUAUGGUACCGAAUGAUUUCUUGACCCGGUUAUAUAUUAUGCAGAUGUCAAUGUAGUGGAUAUGGUGUAUUGAUUUCUUUCUUUAACUUUCGUUCAAAUAUUUUAGUCAAGAUAGUUUUAUUUUCAAAAUUCAUUAAAAGUUUUUUUCAUUUUCUUCAGGAUAAAUACAUGGAUAAGUUUCAUCCAAUAUCUUGAAUUCUAGCUAGAUGAUAGUUUGUCUUGAAGGUCUCAGUUUACUAAAAAAAAAUUGUGUACGUAGAUCACGCCAUGACCAUAUUCUUCAUUCACAUUUUCAUUGUGCAUAGGAAAUAACUGGGUGAUGGGUGACUUUACUCUUUGCUAGCCCCUAACAAAUAAAAAUAGCCCCAAGCCCGAAAAAAGGGGCUAUUUCAAGUAAUCACUGAAUUUUGAGCGUGUUAGGUACUCAAAUGGAAAGGGAGAUAUAGUUUAAACUGACAAAAUUCAACUUACAUGUACAUGACUUUACAAAGAAACUUCACUACUGGAAAUGAAACAGAAUCAUUGUUGUGUUUUAUUAAUCUUAAGAUGAUACAUUCCUUGGAUAAUGUAAAUCAACUUUUAUCAUUACCCGGUCUGCAUAUAGUUAAUAAUUUAAGAUAUGAUUCAUUCCUUCUAGGGGUUAGCAAUCUUUAAGAUUUAAAAUCUCAUUUAAUCUAUUUGAGUUGAUACCACUGGGUCAUUUUUAAUGCUUUUGAGUUUGGCAAAUAUUUAUUUUUGAUUCAUUCUUUUUAGUAUGAUAAAUCACAUUUAAAUGAAUCUUUAUUGUAAAUCAUUCUCAUUAGCAUCCAUGUAGCUUUUCUCUUUCAUUUAGAUCUCAAUAUCAUAUUAAAAACAAAUGUUUAAAAUAUUCAUUUAUGCCUAUUUGAAAAUGACUCCCAUUAGCUCUCUUCGUUAGAUGAAGAACCUUUUUAUUUGCGGGAGUGAAUAUAUGCUACGUCGAUCUUACUUUUUUAUCAGUCUAAUAUAUUUGGUUUCGGUGUUGCAAUAAAAUUGCAUGUCAUGAAUGUGAAAAUUUAUAUGGUCUAGAAAGUGAUAAAUUGAACAGAUCACUAAACAAUAUUAUAGAAGAAAGCAAGAAUCAUAUGUGCUGAACAAUUUUUUUUUCUUGCCACCCAGUGCUAUGAUUAAAAAUGUCACUGACUGGAAAUCUGCAUUCAAACAAAGAUUUUUUUUAUUGCAGCUCAGGAUUUGUUGUCAUUGUUGUUUUUGUGGAGAUGUUUACAGUAUUUUUGGCUGUGAAUAGCUUAAAUAGUGAAAGACCAUUAUUUUGGAAUAGUUCUUCAGCUUUCGCUCUAUAUGAUUCCCCUUCAUGCCCCAUUUUUCCAACCUUACAUGAGCAUAUCUUGUGAAAGAGCAAUAUGAAUCACUACUUUAUUGAAUGUAACGUUUGGUCGUUGUGUGUAAAAUACAUCAUUAACAGUGAAUACCUGUAUGUUGAGACAUUGAUGUACAAUUACUUGUAUGUCAGACAUGGGUAUAUACAAUGGCACCAAUGUCAAUGCAUGUAAGACACUGGUGUUCAGUGGCACCUGUUUAUACUGAUAUUAUAUGACACCAUUGUCAGUGUGUAGAGAUAUUGGUGUAAAAUGACAUGUGUGAAGACCACACAAAGGAGGUAUGUGGACAUAAUCAUUAAUGUAUGCUCUUGAUUCAAUAAGAAAUUGUAUUCAAGGAUCACUUAGCCAGGUUUACAUGUACAUGUGCUUCUAUUCUAAGUGGAGUUCAGCAGCUAUGAAUAUGUGAGUGAAAUCUAUACUUUUCAGAUGGAUGUAAACCAACUUUCCCAACGUCACCUUUGUAUUCCUUCUAAUCAUUACCACCCAGUUUCAUGCAUCAUGUCAUUGAUAACAGGUUCUAGAAAUUAAUCUGCCCCUUUCCAGUCAAAUUAUAUUAGUUUCAGUAGUUUUUAGCAAUGACUUGUAACUAAUGAGGUCUAUUACACUGGGCAAGUAUUUAUAUGAUUACCGUACACAUAAUUGAUAACUGAUUUGUAAUUUACCCAUACACUUAUGGUGUGGAGAUUCAAGCUUGAAAUGUAGGGGGGUGUUGAUGUAAUGUUGCCCCCCCCCCCCCAUUGAAUAGAGUGAUUUCAAGGUUGCCCACUGCAAGAAUGUAAUAUAGAAAAAGUACAAAUUGGUGUCAUUCAUUUUGUAUGAAAUCCUUUCUACUGCACUUUAUACAUGUGACUUUCCACAUUCAGUUUUAUACCAGUGAUGAAACAGAUUAUAUACACGUCGGUCUUUUCUCCAUAUUAAGCAUCCCAUUGUCUGUCUGAAAGUGAUUUAUGCUUUUUCCUGUAAAAAAAAAUCCCCAUAAUUUAUGACACAUUCCACAGAGGGCUAGUGUUGGAAAUAAUUGUGUGUUUGUUUGUAGUAAUUAUGAUUUUUCAGAGCAUAUAUUAAGGCUUAGCCAAAAUGAAAAAAAAAAGAAUUUAUAACUUGUAGAAGUGCAUCUAUAAUGGUAAUAAUAAUGUUGCCCCAAUUCUAUAAAUACGCUGUUACAGACAUAAUGUGGUGAGUUGAUGUGGGUGUAUACAAAAUAUAUAUGUUUAAUAUGCUAUAUGUUGUCAUUAAUGUGACUUUAUAAUAAGAUUAUAUGGAUGAAGUGGGGGAAAAGCAGUUCAUGAAACUUUGUCCUGAACAUUUGGAUGUGGAGUACAAAAAUGUCAAUUGGUCAUUGUUUUCUUAUGAAGCUUUCAAUCAACUAAAAACAAACCUGAAUUCAUUGUCUAUGAAAAAUAAACCAUUACAAAU